UCUGCUGCCAGAGCGCAGAACAGUUAUGUCUAGUACUGUAUAGUUAGUUACUUGUAGUAGUAGUAGUGUUUGGUUGGUAUUGGUAUGGUUGGUAUGGUUUGUGCCCAUCCAUCCAAUCGAUAACUACAACAAUAUAUCUGACAUUUUCUCAUCUUUUAGUUGCUGUUUGGCGUCAUUGGCGCUAACGCUGUGGUUAAGACAGUAGUUGCAAAUGAUUGCUGGCUUUACUCUAUACACUAACUAACUAACAGGACAUACAUAUAAAACAGUAUAAUAAUAGUACAGUACAUACAUACCAGUGCUCAUACCGUUUGACUUAUCAAUUGAUAGCCCAGAGAGCGAGACAUCAAAUAUAUAUAUAUUAUAUAUAAAAUAUAUAUAAACCAUAUAUAAAGUAAUAAUCAAAUUGUAAACAAAUCGUCUCAUCAAAUGUUAUAAUGGCUUAUAUUAUCAACACGUUAUCACUGCUUAUAUUUGUUAUCACCACUACUUCACAAGCCAUCAAAAAAGAGGGUAUCAACAAAUAUCCGCCUGUGUUUCGACAGGACAGCUAUACUGUGACCGUCAAUGAGGGCCGGAUUGUUAACCCCAUUGUUCAGGUGGAGGCGUAUGACCAUGAUCAUUCAUCCAAAUAUGGGGGUAUUUGCAAAUAUGAAAUCAUUGGUGGCGACAAACGGGAGGCGCCCUUUGUUAUUGACGCCAACGGCAACAUUAAGAACACUCGUCCCCUUUCAUACAAAGAGUCACACAAUCACAUCCUCGAAGUGGUUGCCUAUGACUGCGGGAUGAAGAGGUCUAAACCAACUCUUGUCAAUAUAAAAGUCAAUAAAGUCUGUCAACUCGGAUGGAAAGGUAUUUCCGAGAGGAUAGAGUACAGUCCGGGUUCGGGUUCACGGGUGCUGUUUCCCGACGCUGAGCUUCAAUUAUGCGAUGUCCCGUGCAGUGCCGAUAAUGUAUCGGUUAGGGUCUCAUUGGCCACACAUCAUAUUGGAAAGGGAUGCGAUCGCGACACCUAUUCAGUGGAAUCUCAGAGAAAAUUAUGCGGUGCGAGUGCCGAAAGUGUAGAUUUAUUGCCGUCUCCAUCGACUGGUGCUGAGUGGACAAGAGAUCUGCCCACUGAUGACGGCAGAGAAUCGGAUCAGAUUUACGAGUUCGACGGCGCCACCAAUGCUGUGGUCAUACCGGAGGCGACACUUAAUCACAAUCUAACCAAUAAGUUUACAGUCUCUUUCUGGAUGAAACACGAGCCACCUCUGGAUCAGAACAACAAACAUAUUAAAGAGCACAUCAUUUGCAAUGCUGAUGAUCACAAGAAGAAUAGACACCAUUACUCUGUGUUUGUUCGCAAUUGUCGUCUAAUAUUACUUCUUCGGCGCGAAUUUAAUGAGGAAAAGCAUACAGUCUUCAAACCGGCCGAAUAUCGUUGGAAACUAUCGGAAGUGUGCGAUAAUGAAUGGCAUCACUACUCCAUUGGUCUAAACUUUCCCGAAGCUAUAGUCUAUGUGGACGGACAAAAGUUUCGCAACACGUCAACCAAUCCGGAGAUUGUCGACGAUUGGCCGCUACAUGCCGUUAAAGGGGUCAACACGACUAUGGUGGUGGGCGCCUGUUGGGAGGGCAAGAACUCAAAAAUGAAUUUCCAUUUCCGCGGAUAUUUAGCCGGACUAUCGGUAUUGCGCGGACAGAAUGAAAAUCCCGACGUUCUGUCGUGUCUUCAUCGUUGCAAAGAAGGACUUCAAUUGCCCUCUACUGAUACGUUAGAGCCUGGAACUGAUGUUUCGACUAAUACGGACUCGACAUCAGUCAUAAUCGAUGGUAAAGACGCCAUCGAUGUUGAAGACAUGUUAUCUCAGGUUUCAUACAUUAAUUCGCGAGAAUUUCCAACUGCUGGUCGACGAAGUCUUAGGAUUUCAACAAACAUUAUGUGCUCUAAUGGAAAAUCACUUAAAAUACCGCAAGUAGACACCUAUAUAAUGGUUAUGCCUACCGAUCAGCCCAGCAUUAUAUUGAAUGGCACACCAAACCUGGCCCGAGAGUAUGAAGCCUUCAUGCAAGGCAUUGAGCCAUUCUCGACAGUCUCCAUACUCAUCAAUCAGGAAGCAGACAAUGAUGAAGAUGACGACGAUAAUGACGAUGAAGAAGCAAAACUGGACUCAACUGACGAUGACUCGACCGCCGGCAACACCAAUAUCGACAAACUAAUGUCCGAACACAAGUUGGACACCUGUAAUGUUCAGGUGUAUCCACCACUGAAUCCCGAUCACGAGUACUUCCGAUUGCCCAACAAUUUUAUGUCACAUUUGGGAAUACAUCAUAAAGAGACUAAGGAUGGGAUUGUGAUAUAUGGCGCCGAUUCCGUUCAUAACUAUCAACUAAUACUAAGACAACUGGUUUACUUUAACCGAAAACCGGCCUAUUAUUUGAAUCGUGCCUUCAAAUUGACCUGUUCUGAACUGAACGGCCGGUUUUCCAGCAAUGACUACAUUCAGACACUUACCGUAAUUCAUCCCAAAGUGGAUCAACAGAAACAGCAGCCGUCGAUACCGUCGGCAUCGCAGCAGAAGACAGUUCUGCAUCCGAACGACCACAUCAUGAUUGAGACACAACCCGUAGCGCACGCACAGGUCAACGACCAUAAGGUCGAGUUCAAAGACGCCAGCAUUAAGAGCGCCAACGGUUUUCUAGAGGGCGGCGGUCUUAUCGAAGCUUCCGACGCUUUUGGCCGGACAACAGCCAGUCAUGCCGUCACUAUCAUUAUUGUUGUGUGCGUCGGCUUUCUAGUAUUUAUGAUAGUCUUGGGAGUCAUACGUAUCCGAGCCGCACAUCAACGCUCAGGUGAUGCCAGAGAUGACGACCAGGAGAUGGCUUGGGAUGACUCCUCGUUAACCAUUACAGUCAAUCCAUUGGAUCAAAUCGAGGAACAGGAGGCACAGCAUAUGCAGGAUGACGAUGACGAUAGCGACAGCUCUGAUGACGGCAGCAGUUAUCACGAGGACGGCGACAGUACCGAUGAGGAGACACACGAAACUAAGACUAAGACCAGGAGAGAGCUCGAGUGGGACGACUCGACGCUCAACUUUUAACCAAACAUUUCUAUCACUCAAAACAAAACAAUUGAUCAUUCAUUUCAUUCAACACAACCACAAAACGCUUUUUAUUAUUAUUAUUAUUAUUUAAUUAUCACUCGAAAAUCAAGACAUCAAAAAAAAAACAGAUCCCGUUUCCAGACUAAGAUAUUGAAUCCAUUUGUUUGGUUGGGAGGAGGAAAACAAUUACUUUUUUCUUUGUUUGUACCGACAAAAUGAUUGAAUUUCUUAGUCAUUGUAUUAUAUGAUAUUAUAUACAUUACAGUAUUAGUAUUAUACUGUAUAUAUACACACAGUAUAUAUAUAUUUAUAUAUUUUUGGC